AUGACGCACCAGCACAUCUCCCGCGUGCACAAUGAGAAGCAGAGCGAACAAGUUGACCGAUCCAGUGCCAUUGCGCAGAAAAAAAAGUUGCGGGCUUUAUAUCACGGGAAAAGCGUAGUCGCUGAUUCGAGAGAGAUUGAUGAUCGACGCGUCAGAUGUCAUGAAAGUAGCACAGCGAAAUUCAAAAGGCGUGGUGAAACCUUAUUGACUGAAGUGAUCAACUAUUGCAAAACUGAAUGGUCCCUGAAAAUAGUCUGGGCGAAAAAGGGUUCCGAGGUUCUGCAAACGCCCGAUAAUUAUGUCGAUGGAGCCCCCGCGGCAUGUGCUGAUUUCUUCCUGUCCAUUUGGCAGGAGUGUCGCUCAACGGAUGGGCCCGAGUUUCCUUGCGAUGCCUGUGACGUCAGCACAAUGCAGGGCGGAAUCACCACUCUGAGAAACACGUAUCAACUAACCUUAGGUUGGAGCGAGAUCCAACUUAAGGUCAGCUCAGACAAGACGGCCGCCGCAGUAGCACCCGACGCGACUAGAGAGGCUCUCGCUGCGCCACCAAAAACUACUUCACUUGCCAUAAAAAUCCAGAUCAGAUCAGUGGCAUCAUGCGAGGGUCAGAAGUACACUACCGGAAAUACAAUGAAUCACGGCAAGGCACUGUGCUCUUGGACGAAACUUUUACCAGACUUCCAAUUCGUUCUUGAUUAG